AACACAUCAUUAGUGGACAGCUAAACAUAUGCAGACCUUAUAAAAGAUUCAAAAUUGAAAGAGAAAGAACUAGAAAUCAAAAUCUUUUUUUUUUUUUUUUCAGGUUUGAUCAUUGGGGUUUGGCAGAUUAAGAGAUGUCAACAUUAGGAUUUGGAGGGACAACACAGAAGUGUAAGGCAUGUGAGAAAACUGUGUACUGUGUGGAUCAGCUCAGAGUUGACAGUAAGGUCUACCACAAAUCAUGUUUCAGAUGCCAACACUGCAAGGGCACUCUUAAGCUAAGCAACUAUAGCUCCUUUGAAGGAGUCUUGUAUUGCCAACCUCACUUUGAUCAACUCUUCAAAAUGACCGGUAGCCUGGAAAAGAGUUUUGAAGGUGCUCCAAAAAUGGCAAGGGAAAGAUCAACUGAUCAGACAUACACAAGCAGCAAAGUUUCAAGACUGUUUUCUGGGACUCAAGAGAAAUGUGUUGCUUGCAACAAAACUGUUUACCCCCUCGAAAAGGUGGCAGUUGAUUGCACAUCAUACCACAGGGCUUGCUUCAAGUGCAGCCAUGGCGGGUGCGUGAUCAGUCCUUCGAAUUACGUUGCGCAUGAACAGAGACUAUACUGCAAGCACCAUCACGCACAGCUUGUCAAGCAAAAGGGCAACUUCAGCCAACUCGGUUCGAUCGAGAAAGUUAAAGUGGUGGUGACAGAUCAGAACAGCAAUGGCACAGCCAAAUCAGAUGAGAUCUUAUGAUUCUACUUCAAUGGAGGUUCCUUUUUGCUGCUAAAGUUUGGUAUUUGUUGUGUAUUCUCAUCAAACCACAGAGGCAAUAUUUAUGCUCUUUUGCUUAGUCCAAAACAUGGUCAUUUCAUUUUUAUGAUGACAGUCUGCCAUACAACAUAAAGUGGUGUCCUAGGUUGAUGAUGGGGAUUGCCCAGAGACAUUAAUGAUUGCACAUUUUGUAAUGUAAAACCAAAUUUGUUUGAUGAUGUUUGUUGCUA